AUGUUCGCCUCCCGCCACGGCAGACAACGUCGUGCCGGCCUUCAGCAGGCCUACAGCCCGUCGCCACCACCCCAACGCCCACCUCGCCAAUUCUCUGCCCGUGUACAUGCAACCGCCGAUUUUACAGAGGCCGACGACGACGAAGAAGAGGACGAGGAUGACUUUGAACAGGGUCUCGAUCACGGCGACGGCCCGGACCAAGAUGACGAGGACGCCGUGGAUGACCUGGCCGACGCCGAGCAGCAAGGGCCCGGUGGCCUGCCCGUCAUUCCGCUCUUCUCUUCUAGCCAUCUUGAUACCCUCCCUGUCUAUAACAUAACCCACGCUAUUCGAAUUAUAGUGUCUGCGCGAACCGAAACGUCCCUGACUUGGGAGCAGCUGCGCUCUCCUCAGGUCUCGCAGUUCCUCGUCAAGCCGAUGCAGCAGCAGAUCCGCGCCCAGCACUUUUCGCGAGCCACCCUGUAUGCUCUCAUGGCCAACUGCCUGCAGUUCAACAAGGAAGGUCAGCGGUAUGCCGCCAAUACAGGAAUCAGCCACACUCGAUCCAAGGUCUGCGAGCUUCUGGCGCUGAAGAUGCUUAAAGAGUACUCUACCCGCGAGCUGAUUGAUGCGCUGGCUUACGACUUCUACCCCCUCCAAGGCCUCCCAGGCGCGCCCGAAGUCAUUGCCAGCCGAGCCACCGGCAAAGCCAAGGGCACCUUGACCGCCUCGCGCACGUCUACACUUGAAGUUGCCAUCCGCGCAUCGGCCAAGCACUUCCUCGCCCACCCUGUCGUCGUUCAGCAGCUCGAAGCCAUUUGGAAUGGCGCCAUCUCCUUUUACUCCUCUGCCGAUACACUGCAUAGAGAGGAAGCUCCCAGCGGCCUAUACAGCCACGCAAAUGGGUCACCGAAUAAGCCAGACGAUAGGACGCCUCUUUUAGGUAACACAGCGCCUAGACAUGCCCAGUACCAUGUCCCAAAUGGUCGUCGUACGGUCAUGUUGUACGACCCGCGACAGGCUUCCAUGUUUAAGCUCUCCCGUCUCCGAGUGCCCCGUUAUCGGUCAUUCCUGUCGACGCUGUCGCUAGCAGUCCUAAUUGGACUGUUCCUGGCCGUCUUGAUCCAACGCUCUGUGCAUAUUAGCGGACUAGAGCUGGUCUUUUGGUUCUGGAGUGCGGGCUUCAUGCUUGAUGAGUUGGUUGGCUUUAACGAACAGGGUUUUGCCCUGUACAUCAUGAGCUUCUGGAACGUCUUUGAUCUCGGCAUCCUAGUCCUGCUCAUUGUCUAUUAUUGCAUGCGCGCCUAUGGAGUCUUCCUUGUCGACCCGCAUCACUGGAACGACAUGGCAUAUGAUGUUUUGGCUGCGAAUGCAAUUCUGCUCCUGCCGCGCAUCUUCAGUGUUCUUGAUCACUACCAAUACUUUUCGCAGCUGCUGAUUGCGUUCCGUUUGAUGACGCUCGAUCUUGCUGCAGUUUUCACCUUGGUUCUCAUCAUGUGCAGUGGGUUUUAUGUCUUUUUCACGCUGUCGAACGUGCAGAGUGAUGGCAGCGAGGUUGCCUACAAGAUCUUUCAGAUUCUCAUGGGCUUCACGCCUGCCGUCUGGGAUGUGUGGCCGACUUACAAUUGGCUGGCCAGAUCUCUGAUGGUUGUGUUCCUCAUUAUUUGUCACUACCUGGUUGUCACCAUUCUCAUUACGGUGCUCACCAAUUCCUUCACCGCGAUCGCUUCAAACGCCACAGAAGAACAUCAGUUUGUCUUUGCCAUCAACACGAUAUCCAUGGUAAAGAAUGAUGCUUUGUUCUCAUACAUAGCCCCCACCAAUAUCUUCGCAUGGGUGCUGAUGCCGCUUCGGUACUGCAUGCCACUUAGGCAAUUUGUAUGGCUGAACCGAACCAUCAUCAAAGCGACUCACUUUCCCAUUCUCUUCUUCAUCUAUCUCUAUGAGAGAUUCUGGCUAGCGCCCUCUAUGUUCGAGCCUACUGAUCUGGUCGAAAACCAUGGAAGAGGCAGACGCCGCGCCAUAUCAUUUGGUGAUGCUGUCAACCGUACAGCUAUGUUUAGCCCCAACAUCCGGGUUCGAGAGGAGUCUGUGGCGGGCUUCCAGAAAGACCGGGCGCUAGACGAGUUAUUCAGACGAGCGCCGGCAAGUGCGACAUUGCGAACGCAACGAAGAAAUGAGCGGCGUAAGACGCAGAAUGCGAUUCGCAACUGGAUGGAGCAACACGAUGAAGACGACAAUGGCAACCACUGGCCAACCAUUGACAGCCGCGCAGUGCCGGACUGGCAAAGACGAAUGAGUGUCGGCUGGGAACGAGGAUCUCAGCUACGUCAUGUGUCUGACAGGAGAUCUAUAGCCAGUGACCCCGCUGAGUUCCUAUCCAACAAUGGAGCAUUUGGUCCGGGGCCAACGUCUGCCUCUAGACUACCGUCUUUCAAUGUCGAAUUCAAGGACCAGACAGACGCAGAUGGUGAUGACGAGCUUGUUACAAACGACGAAGAUGAAGAAGACGCGGCCACAAACCUUGGACAAGGGACUAGUGCGGACAAGACUCGCUUGAUGGCGAGACAGGGAGACUAUUUCGGCCCGGUUCUUGGUCCCAGCAUUGGGAAGUUGGCUUCGUCACACGGCUCUUAUGGUGCUAUGGCACCUAAAGCACCGGCCACCCCUCGCGCAUCCAACCAACGUCGUGGGAUGCACAGUCGUACGCUGUCAACAAACACCAUCUUGUUCAACCCCGAAGAAGAGGCUGCUCUGGCACCCGCUGCCACAACCAAGUCGCCACCAAAGCCGGCGCAGGCAAAGAAACCCGGGAGCAGUGGCCGCAAUACGGCCGGCGAGGGGCAGACGAGCUCUGGACGUCGCAGCCCAGUCAGGAAAGCGGCGGCCAUUGUGGACGCGAAGCCUCGACCGAUUGCCCCGCCGGCAGGCAUGGCUGAGGCAGGAGGUGUCAGUCGUACAGCUCUCCUCAGCAUCGACCCAGCACGCGCACGACUUCGGGAAGGCCGCAGGCUAUCUUCUGUCGACCUGAGCGUCAUGUCGGACCAGACUGGCAUGGGCGUGGAAGACUCGCACAUGAAUCUGAGCAUGCCGGGUAGCUUCCAGACGCAAAUGGCCAUGGCGAUGAUGCGGGAGAAUCGGAUGCGGGUGGCGCGUGGCAUUGAUGCAUCAGACCGAGAUAGAAUGGGUCGGCUGGUGCUGGCGCGUAUGAAGACGCUGGAGGAGAGCUUUGCGGAUGUGAUCAAGGAGAUGCGAGAUCUGAAGAACACGUCGACGCCGCCGACGAGAUGGAAUUCGUCGAACGAAGGCGGUGGCGGCGGCCCGUCGGAGAAGCGCGCCAAAGGCAGCUCUACACCCAGUCGGACCUCCAACAAGCGGCCGGUGAGCCGGCGGAGCUUGCGCGAGGUCAAGAUCUCGGGACGUCCGGAAGGCGGGGGCAAAGGCAAGGGCGUUGCCUACUCGUCUGACGAGGGCGGCGAUGAUGAUGGAGACGACGGCUUUUCAAAGCGGGCGGGAUCAUAUUGA